GCUCUAGGCCGGAACCUGGGUCUCUAGGGCGUCUGCGCAGGAAGGUGCGUUGAGAUGGCAGUUGCCGGAGUUGGAGGCCGGGAGGCGACGAAAUUCCAUGGAAUUAUAGUUGGUCUACUCUGCAAUGUCUCUAUUUAAAAGCCCAAGUGAGGACAGACAAGAUGAACAACAUGAGAGAUAUCUGCAAGCCAACAACAAAGAAUUCAACAGUAUUUUUGGAUAUCCGAACAAUGCCAUCAAGACCUCAAAAUAUAGUGUCUUUAAUUUCCUGCCCCUGAACCUAUUUGAACAGUUCCAGAGACUUGCAAAUGCAUAUUUCCUCAUUUUGCUAUUUUUACAGUUGAUUCCCCAGAUCUCCUCCUUGACAUGGUAUACAACUAUGACACCCCUGAUGGUGGUGCUGUCCAUUACAGCCAUGAAAGAUGCCAUCGAUGACCUGAAAAGGCAUCAAAGUGACGAUCGAGUCAACAACCGGCCUGUUCUGCUACUGGUGAAUGGCAAGAUAAAGGAGGACAAAUGGAUGAAUGUUCAAGUGGGAGAUAUAAUAAAACUAGAAAAUAAUCAGCCUGUCAUGGCAGAUAUACUAUUACUCUCUAGCAGUGAGCCAUAUAGUCUGACAUACAUAGAGACAGCAGACCUGGAUGGUGAAACCAACCUGAAAGUGAAGCAGGCCAUCUCAGUUACCAGGGACAUGGAAGAUCGCCUGGAGCUUCUGUCUACCUUUAAUGGAGAAGUGAGAUGUGAGGCUCCCAAUAACAAAUUGGACAAAUUCUCAGGAAUACUGACCUAUAAGGGGAAAAACUACUUCCUGGACCAUGACAAGCUGCUACUCUGAGGCUGCAACAUCAGGAAUACAGAUUGGUGCUAUGGCUUGGUGAUCUACACUGGGCCAGAUACCAAAUUAAUGCAGAAUAGUGGAAAGUCCACUUUUAAACGAACACAGAUAGACCAUCUCGUGAAUGUCCUUGUACUCUGGAUUUUCCUGGUUUUAGGCAUCAUGUAUUUUGUCCUAGCAGUUGGGCAUGGCAUUAGGCAGAACAAGAAAGACUACCACUUCCAGAUUUUUCUGCCAUGGGAAAAAUAUGUCUCUUCAUCAGCUGUCUCUGCCAUCCUCAUAUUCUGAUCCUACUUCAUUAUUCUCAAUACCAUGGUGCCCAUUUCCCUCUAUGUCAGUGUUGAAAUAAUAAGAUUGGGCAACAGUUUAUAUAUCGACUGGGAUCGGAAGAUGUUUUAUGCACCAAGGAACACACCAGCACAGGCUCGUACUACCACCCUUACUGAGGAGCUCGGCCAAGUCAAAUAUGUGUUCUCUGACAAAACAGGGACUCUGACUCAGAAUAUUAUGAUUUUCAACAAAUGUUCUAUUAAUGGGAAGCUCUAUGGUGAUACUUAUGACAAGGAUGGACAGAGGGUGACGGUCUCUGAGACAGUUUAUGAGACCUGGUUUAUCAUGUGCUACAGUCUGGUCUACACUUCCCUCCCUGUCCUGUGCAUGAGUCUGUUUGAUCAGUCCAUCCAGCUUCAGUGGCCUAAUUCUAGGGAUCCAUCUCUGAAGCCAGCCCCAAGCUUUGUAUCCAAAGUUUCAGAGUUAGGAGAUGAAGAUGAUCCAAUGACAUCCACUUUGACCUCCCUCCUUACCCUCUGGUGCUUCCAGGAUGUGAAUGAGACAUGGAGCCUCCAUUUCCCAGAGCUGUAUGAGACAGGCCAGCACAACCUCUAUUUCAACAAGAAAGAAUUUGUGAAUUGUUUAAUGCAUGGGAUCUACAGUUCCUGCGUGUUGUUCUUUGUCCCCAUGGGGGCUCUUUACAAUGCAGAACGAAAUGAUGGGAAGGACAUCUCCGACUACCAGUCCUUCUCCCUGGUGGUGCAGACCUCCUUGAUCUGGGUGGUCGCAAUGCAGAUCGCCCUGAGGACAACCUACUGGACAAUGAUAAACCAUGUCAUCAUCUGGGGUAGCCUGGGUUUCUACUUUUGGGUGUCAUUCCUCCUGUACAGCGAUGGCUUGUGCCUAGUAUUCCCUGACGUCUUCCAGUUCCUAGGUGUGGUCAGGAAUUCUCUGAACCAGCCGCAAAUGCUGCUGAGCAUUAUCCUCAGUGUGGUCCUCUGUAUGUUGCCUGUGAUUGGGCACCAAUUUCUUAAACCACUAUUCUGGCCUAUCAGCGUGGACAAAGUUUUUGACAGAAUUCAAGAGUGCAGGAGACUUCCAUGGCAGUCCCCAGUCCGGAACACUCAAGCACUCGACGUUCUGCCUAUGCAUUCUCCCAUAAACAAGGCUUUGGGGCCCUCAUCACUUCUGGCAAGAUAGUGAAGCCCAGGAUGUCCAAGAGAAACACCCUUUUUUUGAAAAAGAUAGAGGCCCUAGGGAAAUUCCAAAGGAGGCAGUCAGUGCUCUUCCUCCCUCGUACUCAUGCAACUUAGGAAGAAUUAGAGUCCCUGGGAAACCAGCAUAAACCUGCUCCUUCAUUCUCACUAGGGACUAAGCCUCUUAAUUGUCCAGAAGGCUAUUCCCAGAAAGGCAAGGAGGGGUAAGGAAAGAGCCCCCAGAUAUCUGCCAGAGUUGCAGCAUUUCAAGAAAAAGAAAAAAAAAAAGCAACCUCAGGCCUGCCUCCCACCAUCUCUUGCAAGUUUUAAUCCAGACAAGCAUAUGUAGAGGUAGGGGGUGACAAGAGACAGUAUGGGGAAGGGAAAAGAAGAUGGAACCUAAGAAUUUUACUUUGGGCCCUAUCUCCUAUACUCAGAGCAAGCAUAAACCUUCCCAGGGCCCUACACAAACAUAUUCCCAUCGAGGCAUCACAUAAAAUAAAAUCAACCAUUUAAAAAGGUAUAAUUUAGUGACAAUUACUUCCCAUUUAUAAGCAAGGGAUGCAUGAGUGCUACCCAUAGACCGGAUAUGGGCCAUGUCGUUAGGGUUUCUUGAUCUCGUUAGAUAAAUUAUCUGAAAUUUUGAGGAGACUUCAGCAGAAAGAAGCAGGGGAUAUGCUGUCAAAUGCCUGUGGAUUUAUACUAAGAAAGAAAGAAGGGGCAUAAGGAAAAUUUUCUUUAUCUCGAUUUUGGAGGUGGUUACAUGGGUAUGUAUUUGUCAAAAUUGAUUGACCUGUAUACUUAAAAUUUAUACAUUUUAUUUUAUGUAAACUAUAUCUCAAUAAAGUUAAGUUUUUUAAUGUC